AACACAAUGAGUAGAGGUAAGAAGCGAAAUUUUACCGAAUCUGAGCUUGAGGUGCUCAUAAAUGAAGUUGAGAUGCACAGGGAGAUUUUGUUUGGAACCCUGUCGACAGGCAUCAAUGCAAAAAGAAAACGACGUGAGUGGGAGCAUGUGUGUGAGGCUGUGAAUGCCGUUGGGUCCGAGCAGCGCACAGAAUCAGAACUAAAAAAAAAGUGGUCAGAUCUGAAGGUGGAGGUGAAGCGGAGGGUCUCUGCCCACCGCCGAAGCGUGACCGCAACAGGCGGGGGGUCGGGAGUGGAGGAACUUUCCUCCUUUGACAGGAGAGUGGCCUCCUUGGUCGGUGACACAGCUCUCACCGGAGUGGUGAGAGCCCAUGAAGGUGACACUGAUCAUCUCCAAGACAAUAAGCCAGGUGAAGACUCCUCCAGCGGCCCCGGCAGCUCCACCGGCCCCGGCGGCUCCACGCCUGCUGCUGACGCCCGUCCCACUGGCCGUGUCCUCACUCGAGCUGUGCUGGAGACACAGGAGCAGAUAGGCCGGCCACAGCUCUGCGCACAACUCCAAGGGAAACAUACCAGGAGGAGGCAGUGCAUGCUGGGGAGGAGCUGUGUCACUACCUGCCCCCCUUCCCUGCCCAAGAGAACGGGCUUCCACCGCUACGUUUAUGUCCUCUUCAACGCAGGAGCGGCACAUCAACUUACAGGAGGAUGCCAGGCCGUCGCCAUGGUGACCAUCACACCCGACAUAGAGACAGAUAGCUGA